CAGAAUUUAAAAAGCUGCCUUAACCAAGAUCACUACGUUGAUGUUUUCUCCCACUUUGCCCAUUUCAGUCCUUCCAGAAUAGGAGGUCAGACAGACAAGCUGUAAGCCAGUCUCCACAGAUACCUUCAGAGCAGUAUCAAGAAAAGACCUGUCUUCUGUGAGAACUUAAUCUGAAGCACGCAGAAAACAAUGAAGUUCUGCAUUUGCCUCAUCAUGUUCAUCUGUGUCCUUCUUCCUGUGCUGGGAAACCUCAGGACAAAAUAUGGUGGUGGUAAUGUUGAAGUACGAGAAUUUGAUGAGUGCUGGGUACAACCUCCAUCAGAGUACUGCGCCAACAGGUGCAGUAAGCUACUAAAUUGCAUAAAUCCUAAUCAUACAUGCUGUUGGACCUACUGUGGAAACAUUUGCCUGGACAAUGAAGAGCCUUUUAAGACAAUGAUAAUCCCCUAAAUUCUAUCUGGCCCACAAGGGCUGUGAGCAGAAGAAUGAGGCUGUGUUAUAGGAAGAGUGCUGCCUGGUUGCUUGGAAUAGUCACUUGCUCCAGCUGAAAGCCUCUUUGCUGUCUCUUUGACCCCUUCAUCCUGAGAAGACUCAAGAUGUUUGCCAAAUAAAUGGAUAAAUCAAUCUGAA